AUGAGUAAAUGUCAAAGUUACCUUACUCCUUUGGAGGAGUCCAAAUUCUUUAGUGACACUUUAGAAACGAUAUGGAAGAAUUCAAAAUUUGACGAACAGGCGUUUGUGCAAUUUGUCACGUCUCGUGACUGGAUAGCUAUUCACGAUCGACUUAUAGUACCUGCGAUGAAAGCCGCCAACGACGAUGAUUUCACUGUGGUGAGACGCUUGAAAGCAGCUUUUUCAAAGAAAUUUGCAAAGUUUUUGUUUCGCUCAAAAAAGGAAGAGCAAAAUGUGGCAAAAUUCGAAUCGGCAUUUGAUACUGAAUUGAAUAAUAUUGUACAGAGCUACAAAGAGGAGGAAAACAACCGUUUAACAAAUGUGGAGGUUGACAAAAAGAAUGAAAUGAAGCGUACGUCUCAUAGAUGGCAAUCAAAGUUUCACGAAUUAACUCAGGAACGUGGCGCGUGGUCAUUACAGCGUCAGACAGAAAUUCAUUGGAAAUUAGAUAAAUCCGAGAAUUAUUCACGUAUGCACCGAAAACUGACAAUUAAUUAUGAAUAUGAUCCGCACAAUGAGGCAAGCGCGAAAAGAGAUAAAACACCGAUUUUACAGAAUAGAAACAGGUCCAAGAGUGUUAGCAUUCAGCGAUUCAAAAUGAACAAUAUGAUCGAUCCGUGGACAGACAUGUGGACGUCGAUUCUGCCAAAGGUAGACGAGUCAGAAAGCUCGGAUGAAUUCGAAGAUGAAGAGUGGAAUGUAGUGGCGGGUGAUGAUGUCGUUGGCACAGUGGAUGUUUCGAUAGAUAAACCGAUGUUUUCGGCUGAGUGUGAGCUGAUUGUGUUGUUGUCGGCGAUAAAAGGCCGUAUUGAAUUGACUACUACUAAUUUAUCGUUUUUUGUGGAUCGCCAGAGUAUUUUACAAGAAUUUAGCAAUAUUGAGCAAGGUUCGGUGAUUGUCGACACGGAUAUGCUUCGAGAUAAGAAAUGGCUAUUGUCGGACAUAAGAGAGAUUGCUUUACGUAAUUAUUUACUUAGAAGAAGUGCUUUAGAGUUUUUCAUGAUAGAUCAAACAAAUUAUUUUUUCAAUUUUCCUGAACCUAAUGACCGCAAGCUACUACGAAAGAAGAUAAUAUCGUUAAAGCCCCCAUCGAUGGUCAAUCAAGACAGUCGGUCACCCACUGAAAUACUAGCAAAUUCUGGUAUAACUCACCGCUGGCAAUGUCACGAAAUAUCAAAUUUCGAAUAUCUCAUGCAUUUGAAUACUAUAGCAGGAAGAUCUUACAACGAUCUCUCACAAUAUCCAGUAUUUCCCUGGAUUCUAGCCGAUUACGAUUCGGAAACUAUAGACUUAACUGAUCCAAAAGUAUACCGAGAUCUGUCCAAACCUAUUGGUGCUCUUGAUCCCAAUCGACUCGCACAAGUUCUAGAACGAUAUGAAGGUUUCGAGGAUCCUUCAGGGCGCAUACCGAAAUUCCAUUAUGGGACACAUUAUUCAAGUGCGGCAACUGUUGCGGGAUAUCUUAUACGUUUGGAGCCAUUCACAUCUGUACACAUUUCCUUGCAAGGUGGAAAAUUCGAUCAUGCUGAUCGACAGUUUCAUUCUAUAGAAAGUACUUGGAACGCGUGUCUUCAUGCGAGUGGUGAUGUACGAGAAUUGAUUCCAGAAUUUUUUUAUCUUCCUGAAUUUCUGAUCAAUAAUAACAAAUAUGAUCUUGGAGUUCGGCAGGAUGGUGUUCGCUUGGAUGAUGUAAUUUUGCCAAAAUGGGCCUCCUCUCCCGAAGAAUUUAUUCGUAUUAAUCGAGAAGCUCUCGAAUCUGAUCAUGUAACUGCAAAUUUACAUCAUUGGAUAGAUUUAAUUUUCGGCUAUAAACAAACAGGCGAGGAAGCAAUUCGAGCACACAAUGUAUUUUACUAUCUCACAUACGAGAACAAAAUAAACAUAGACAGUAUAGAAGAUGAACACGAGCGAAAAAGUAUAGAACAACAAAUAUAUCAUUUUGGUCAAACUCCUAUACAACUGCUUAGAAAACCUCAUCCACAACGUUUUCCAAGGCGCGAAUUCAUAAGAAAAGAUAUUCUAAGCUGCCAAGAAAAUCAUAAACAAUAUCUCGUACAGUUGAUUUCGAAGCGUCUGUUGUACAUUGCUGUCUCGAAUGUCGAUAUCGAUCUUUUUUCCACAUCACCGGUUCAGCAGAUUGUCACUAUUGAUGAGGACGGGAUUGUGGGCAGUCAUCGGAUUACGCCGAAUCCUGUUACUGCCGAAAUACCGUUUUCUGUUGAAGUCGAUCCUAUGUUGGAAUAUAAGAGUCGAUUGAAUAGCCCAUUUUGCUACGACGCAGCUAUUUCACCGAGAUGCUUUACGUGUAGUCGGGAUGGAAAAGUGCUGAUUAGCUGUGGUCAUUGGGACAAUACCAUCAAGGUCACACUUACAGAAACAGGCAAGACCAUCGAUAGUAUACCCGGACAUGAUGAUAUCGUAACUACUGUUGCUGUUAGCGAAGACGGAAGAACCAUCGUCACUGGAUCCCGGAGCUCUAGUGUUUUAUCGUGGAAUAUCAAUUUGAGUGGUGAUAACGAGUUCUUGUACAUUAGUCAUACUCCUACGCAUGCAUAUUAUGGACAUGAUGAUGAGAUAACUUGUGUGGCAGCGAAUGCAGAACAUGAUAUCUUAGUGAGCGGGUCUAAGGAUGGCACAUGUAUCGUUCACUCGUUACGAAAUGGAUACUAUGUUCGUACUCUGCGACCAUUAGACGAUAUCGAUGCAACAGUCGAGAAUGUAUGCGUUAGUAAGGAGGGCAAUAUAAUUGUAUAUGCAGAACGGAAAGAUGAGUACUUUAUAUACAGUUACUCAAUCAAUGGAAAAUUACUUGGAACUGUGGAAAUUCAGGAACGAUUAAAUGACAUGAUCACCUCAUCAAUCAAGGACUACGUGUUAAUUAGUAAUGCGCGAGGGAUUGCGUUAUUUGAUUGUCUGAGCCUACAACUCAACUACGAAUUCGACAUCCCAAUAAUCGCGCACAGCAUCGCACUAAGCCAAGACGCCUCCCGAAUAUACUUUUGCGGCGGCGGCGACGACGGAAAGAUCUUGAUAAUUGCUAAUCAAUCGCACGUAGAAUCAUCAUCUACUACAUCAUCUGAUUCUUAA